AUGGCCAAGCGCCAAGUCGGUAGUCAGCGUAUUUCACCGAAACCGAAAGAAACUCUGGGGAAUGAAUCGCCGCCUUUAGGAGGUGACGGUUUUAUUUCAGAGGGCUUUGACUAUGGCUAUGGCUUUGACUAUGACUAUGGCUUUGACUAUGGCUAUGACUGUGGCUAUGGCUUUGACUAUGGCUAUGACUGUGGCUAUGGCUUUGACUAUGGCUAUGACUAUGGCUAUGGCUUUGACUAUGACUAUGACUGUGGCUAUGACUAUGGCUAUGGCUAUGACUGUGGCUAUGGCUUUGACUAUGACUAUGGCUUUGACUAUGGCUAUGACUAUGGCUAUGACUGCUUUGACUAUGGCUUUGACUGUGGCUAUGACUGUGGCUAUGACUGUGGCUAUGACUAUGGCUGUGACUGUGGCUAUGACUAUGGCUAUGACUUUGACUAUGGCUAA